AUGGGGGCCUACAACCACGCAAUCGAACAUCAACUGGGGCCACCCCAUGACAGAAACACCGGACCAUCGGAUCGACCGUGUGGUAGCACAUUCCAACCGCCAGAAGGCCGUUUCGACACUUAUACGGCCAGCGUCCCGAACAUUACCGCUUUUGACCCCAGCGAUAACCAGGGUAACGUUUCGUCAUGUGUUUCAAAUGUAAAGAACAACAUCGCUUUUAGCAUGCCCCAGGCUUCUGUAGCGGCCAAAUCAAGCCUCGCAAACUGUGCUGCAUCGCCACACCUGGCCCCAGCUAGAUCUCUGACCGCUUCUCCGUCACGUGGAGAUGCGGUCAGAGCCAGAGAGAAGGACGCCACAGACCAAAGUAUCAUGGCAGAACCUAGUCCUGGAUCCUUCGAGUGGAUGGUCCAAGCAGUCAUUCAGUGUGUUGCAGACUCUGUUCCUUCGCAUCACAUGAGAUUCCGAUGUGAGACGUGGGGAACUCGAGCUGCAGUCCGACUACGAUUGUUACCGUUGGGUAACCCUCUACCUUCAGAUCGCUCUCAAGUAGUUGGGUCUCUUGAAACAGUCGUAGAUGACGUGUUGGACGAGCUUGAAACCCGUUUGUACGACUGUCGGGACGACGAGACGGAGCUUGUCUGGCCAGCGAGCCCUCGAGAAGAUAUCCUUCUGGCAGUUCGCAUAUUUGCUUCUGGUAGGCCGUGGCUUCGACAUAUGGUACCUGAAGGCUUAAGUCUUGACUGGUCUCGAACUGUGGCCUCAAAUUACGAGAAAAUGAGCAACCAAACUUCCAUUAGCGAGUGGGUGUCUUAUUCAAAUCCCCACCGGAUCCCGGCGAAUGCGCCCCAAGUUUCUGGAAACAAUGGCGAAAAUCUCGGAACCGAGCAAGACAACAUCGACGCUUCAGAGCCUUUCGUAGGAAUCGAGGAUUGGCAUCCUGAUACUGUUGCGAUCUCUAAUCAAGCGCCUCAAACUCCAAGAAACGGUCAAGAGCGUUGGCCUUCCAACGUCGUCCCUAGUGAAGUUGACCUUGCUGUCACAUCCACUCGCAAUAGCCUUGCAGGUGCACAAACCUUUAGAACAGCGCAUUCGAGCGUUGCGAGCUACGCCACAGCGCCGAGUGGGCCGCGUAUCACACCAAGAUUUCGAACAAGAAUCUUCAAUGGAACGAGGUCUAUCGCCGGACAUGCAUCAGCAGAUCCCCUUUCAGGGUUCAGUUCGCUGAUCACUAGCGUCGUGCGCGAGGUUGCGGUGUGUAGCUCCCUCAGUACGGACGUUUCCGCUGAAUCAUUUCGAGCCACAAUUUACAGCUGCCUCUAUCCACUGAGUACUCGAAACGCUACCGUAUCGUUCGAGACGCUGCUCGAUGAAACAAUGAUAGAAGUCCAGAGGAUGGUAAUAUUUCCCCAUUCAGAUGGCGAUAUUGCCCAACUAAGAUCGAGAUUGAGCGAACAAAUCUACCUAUAUGCAAUCGAACAGCCACAUCUCCAGGACCUGAUUGCGCAAUUCCCUUUAAACAUGCACGAGAUAUUCAGUAGUCAGUGGCUAGCCUACUUGAAAGCUCGGGGCAUUAUUCUCAGCCCAGCUGAAGAGCUUGACUGGUCUGGUCGUGGACAGCACGUAGAGUACCAGCCAGGGGAAGAGCCCAUGAUACCGCUCCAAGCGCACGGUAAUUUGGGGCAUGGUGCAUCGGGCGUUGUCGAUAAGGUUAGGUGUCGCAGAAUCGACCUUGCACGUAAGACGAUUCGAUGUAACCGGAGGCUAACAAAAGAGGAGGCUGUCACUGAAGUUGAGCACCUACAACGUCUGCAGCACCGCCAUAUAGUCCGACUAGUUGGGACAUACACACUAAAGAAAGAUCUUACAAUCUUGUUGUAUCCGGCGGCCAAAUGGAACCUGGAGGAGUAUAUGGAUGAACUACUCGACAACAAGUCACAGAUCUCGGAGAAUGCUGUAAACACCCUAUGCACCUUCGUUGCGUGCCUUUCGAGUGCAAUUCGAUACAUGCACGGCAACAACGUAAAACACAUGGACAUUAAACCAAAGAAUCUCCUGGUUCGUGACGUUGGAUUCCGGCCAGACAUAUAUGUCGCUGAUUUUGGCAUUGCACGAGCAUACAAGUGCGCCAAAGACUCUUAUACUGGUUCACCCACGCCUUUUACCAGACUAUAUGCUGCACCAGAGGUUGUAGUACAGGAACCUAGAGGGUUUCCGGCAGAUAUUUUCUCACUUGGUUGCGUGUUCAUGGAGAUAUUUGCGACCAUCAUGACAACGUCAGUGCGCGACGAACGGGAAGAGCUUAGGAAAGCCUGCAACCAAACAGCAGACAGUACCUACCAUGCAAACGUGGAAGCCGUGAUCCAAUGGCACAAUAGAGCGAGCGAUCCAAAAAAGCUGCGUGUUCGAGGUGGUCCAGGCGUCUACGAAGCUCAAAAGGUCAUCAUAUGGGAUCGGAGUCGCUGUUCUUCUAUCGUUCCUUCUGCAAUGCUGCACGAGAUACCAGGGAAACGUCCUACAGCGGAGACGUUAAGAUCGAGCACGGUGAAAUGGAGCUGUGGGAAAUGUGGUACUGGUCCUCAACCAUUUGAAGCGGCUUGA